CCACCUCCCCGGCGCCGCCCUUGGGACGAGCGGGCGCCUUGCACGCCAUCGACGCGGCGGGCAGCAAUACUUGGUCACGCGCCAUCCACCACUCUGCUGCGCAUCGGUAGCCGUGCGCCUGGGCAGCACCUCUUGGCAAGCACCUCUGGGCUGCUCUCACAGCCCCACGCAACACAAGCAUGUCGCGCCAGGGCAGCCGCGUGUCCUUCGACACGACGCCCGCCGCGUCCUACGCGGAGUCGCAUUUAUCAAAUGUUACGAAAAAAUCGCAAAAGCCGCUCAGCCCCGAGACUUUGAAGGGAUGUACUAUUAGUUUCGACACGGGCAUCGCGCGGAACCGGAGUAAAGUGCGAGACGAGUACGAGAAGCGCCGGGACAAGACGCCCUACAGCGUGAAGAUCCGCGGGAAAAGAAUAGACGCCAUCUCGCGCCCGGACCCGCCGAAGAAGAAGAGCAUCCACGACGAAAAGCCGCCGGAAGAAUUGCCCAUUGGCAGUACGGUCCUGAAACUCGCCAAGGUUCGUCGUAGAGCCCAAACGCUGAAAGCGUAUGAUUUAUCAGAUACGGUUACUGAAUUAGCGUCCUGGGCCGACGGGCUGCGGAUCUACGCUCCCGAUAGGGUUGAUUUGAAUCCCAUCUUGGAGCCCAUCACUGGAAAGGACCUACCUCGUCAAUACUUACGAGGCGCGGACGCGCGAAAGGCCUAUUUGAGGGGAGGCAAGAAGCCCCUGCCCCCUCGAGCGGGGCCGCUGCAGGUGUCUUUCGUGCAAGGCAUCUCAGUGGCUCCCGUCCUGUCAAAGGGCGCAAUCGAGGAGGACCUGGGCGAUGUCUUUGCGGAGAACCACCGGUUACGACAGAAGGGUUAUGAUGAUAUAUUGGACAUUCAGCCCGAUUCUACCAUACCACCUCCUCGCAUCCCGACGCCGCCGCCGACACCGCCACCUACACCACCUCCAACGCCCGCUCCAAAAGUCUACCCGUUCCCCGACGAGGCCUGCACGCAGCGCUUGUCACCUUCUGUCAUAGACACGUAUUUUGGCGACGGUGCGCGGGACAAGUUCCGGAAAGCGUUCCGGAGGAUCUCGCAGCAGGCUUGUUAUGUUAGAACCACAGAUGAAAUUACGGUAAAGGGCCCCGUUCCCUUCGACGCGGAGCUAGACUCAGACAAUGAGAGGGAACCGGGCUUACUUGCACCAUUAAACUCGCCGAGGCACGACUUCCUCGCGGAGCUCGCUCGCUUACAAUUACCGCCGGAGUGCAUCCUGAUACGGGAGACGCCUCCUUCCACAAGAGCCGAAGCAUUAGCGAGGCCGGACUCCACGGCCCUAGAUCUGUCGCAUCGUUCCUUGGGCGAUGUGUUGGGUGAGGCAUUAGCUCGAGUACUGCCAAAAUUACCAGAAAUAGGUGAAUUGCUCGCGGCGGGCAAUCGGUGGAGCGACGAUGCAUUAACGCCGUUGUUAGAUUCAUGCAUCAAAAUAGGCCCGAAGCUCAAGACCCUGGAUCUGUCGGCCAACGACCUGGACGAUGCCUCGGCCAGGAAGCUGGCCGAAGUUUUGAGCCAUGAGAAAUGUGGGAUAGUGUCGCUCGGUCUGGCGGACGCGGAUCUCGACGACGCGGAAUUGGCACCUAUCUUGGAACAAUGUGCGAAGUCCAAGACGCUCAAGGUCUUGGAUGUGGCGGGUAAUGGUCUCGGCGGCGCGACUGACACGAACGGCGCGUCGGCCCUCGCGGUCAUGCGAACUACAUCAGAAGCGACGACCAAGGCGCAUGACAAGAAAGCACACCACACCAAAAACAGUAUUGGGGACUCCAAAGGGUGGGCCCAGUCGAAACGGAGUUUCUUGGACGCGCGGCCCGAGCUCAAGAAAAAGGUGGCUCAAUCUAAGGUCUUAGGUGGUGUUGCGGUCGGGUUGGAAUUACUCACGAAGAACGGCUGCGGGUGUUUGGAGUUGAUCGCUUGUUUAGGGGCCUCGUCUUCCUUAACUCAUGUCGACCUGUCGUGGAAUCGCAUCGGAGAAAAGGACGGCGCCGUCUUCGCUGCUUUAUUAUCGCAGAAUACGACGUUGGAGAAUGUCGCAAUGGGGUUCAAUUCAUUAGGAGAUGUCGGCCUGCAGCACCUGGCCACGUGUCUCAGCACGAAUAAAACGCUGAAGCGCCUCGACGUAAGAUACAACGGAGGCGGCCCGCGCUGCGCUUCUGUGUUUGCGUCUCAUUUGAGAAAGAAUACUAGUCUGACGGAGUUGGUCCUCGACGGCAACCCCUUAGGUGCGGAAGGGCUCCGGGCCUUCUCAAGGGCGGCCGGAGAGAUAACCUCAUCCCUCAAACUGAGGGACUGCCUCUACGACGUCAAGAAGCCCUUGACAAGUGUGGGCCUCUUCAUGGAGGAGGUCAAGAUCGGCAAGGGGAAGAAAGCGAUUACAAUCCCUGCAAAACGCAUGGACGCGGAGCCCUCUAGAUCUCUGGCACUAGCCAAAGCGAGAGGUAGCUGGGGCAAGGAGCUGCCUGACUUGCAGCACCACGAGGCCUACGACGCGGACACGUUGCAGAAAGUCAAUGAUGCUCAAAAGGCUGUCGAGCAUUCGACGCCGCUGAAUAUGAAAGAAACUCUGUGGGACCCCGCGACGCCCCGCGGCUUUUAUCAGUUGGAGUUGGACGAUCCCUACGAAAGGUCUGUAGCCGAGGACAUCCUGGAGUUGUGUGGUAAAAGGCCCGGCCUAUCCUUGACGGAUGUCGUUAUGGCCGACGGUGUGGAGGAGUUGCGCAAGCCGGAGCACUUCAAGACGAAACUAACGUUGAGGGUGGAACCUCCACCAAAGGAAUAUUCCAAUGAUGAAUUCCUGCCGUUGCCAGAUGUCAAUGAGAGAGAGGAAGACGAGGCCGACGAGCUGCUGCGGGAGAGUCUCAUCGAACAGGGCAAGGAUGCCUGUUUGCGAGUAUUAGUGAAAGGUCGAACGCCCACUAAUGAGAGAACCGUAGGACAGAUUGUCGACGGCGAGGACAACGCGUUCACAUUGCCUCCAAUGGAAGAGGGCGGCUGCCUCCGCUUCCGCCUAUCGACAACGCCGCGCGCUUCGUCCGUCCUCGAGGCGCCGUCCGCCAAUGGUCUGGAGGCGCUCGUCAAAUGCAUGAGGGAGGACACGGAGCGAGGCGCCUCGGCGGAGGACGCAGUAGACGUGUGGACGCGCGACUGGCGCCUCUUGAGUUGCCAGGUCCCGAGGUUGAUGGAAGCUUUGCAAAAAACGCCGCCGGAAAACGUGCUAUCGAUACUACUCCCGCGUUUGGUGGAUGACGCAGGCGCCGAGGCAUUGAUGGAACCUUUAUCGAGGCCGCAGCAAUCCGUAUUACUGAGGAAGUUGGGAAGAUACGGCUCGGUGUUCUUUGGGGCCCGCAACGGGAAAUAUGAAUUGGACCUGUCGGACCCGCUCCACCAGGAAUGCGCGCGGCGCCUCGCUUCGCGUUCCUCAGCGGAGCGCCGCUGGUGCCUCCAGCAACUCCCCGAGGAAUUACCCGUACCACCGGAAGGCGCGCCGUUCAUCUUAGAUCAGCCUCCUAUCACAAAACCGACGGAAGCGCAAAAAGCAACUUUUUUUGGAGAAGGGUCGGAGCAGCGCUACGGUUCCGGUUGUUUUAGGAACGUGUCCUAUGGCAACAUUCAGCUGACCGGUGUGGUAGGUGAUGACUUUUUAGGGGCUAUCAUCGAAGCGCGGGCGCCGCGCGGCACCUUACGGUUUGACUAUUCAUCAUUGAUGCCCGUGGCCGAGGGCGAGACGUUGCCGAAUGCGGCCUUCCGGCGCACUUUAGAUGAGUGCGGGCUGCCCUUGGACGCCGUCGUGCUGGCGGGCAAAAUUGGAAGGUCCUACCUCGAAUCGGUCGACGAGGAUGCUGGGGAUGCAAAGUGGCGCGCGCGCGCCAAGGUCAUCGACGAGCGCUUCCUGCACGACAUUGAUACGGGCGCGCACGACCCGUCAAACCCCAUGGCCUUCCUCGAGGCGGCCUCCCCUCUGGAUGUCGGGACGGCGGUCGCGCCCGUCGCCGCCGCGCUGCGGAGUGUCAAAGAGGACGCGACGGGCGUGAUCGCCGGGCCCGCGGCGGCCGUGCUACGCGCCGUCCAGCGCGCUGGCACGUUCACGGCCGAGGACCUGGGGGAGAGCGGCGACCCGGAGGCGCCCGCGACGCCCGCGACGCGGCUCCGCGAGGUGCUCGCGAAGGCCUACGUGGACGUGGGGGCCUGGGACGGUGCGGUGGAGGCGCUCUGGGCUGAAUUAAGUCGCCGCGAGAGCUGUCUUGGGGUGGAGAAGGGCAAGCUCGUCCGGGUCGCGCACGCGGUGCGCGUCCGCGUCGUCGCGGGCGGCCGCUGUAUUUUGCGGGUGCGCGGGCUCGAGGCGGGCGAAAUUGAUACGCGGACAUUUCUUGGAGUUUCAAUGCCCGUCCUGCAGAAGAGCUCGGGCCGCGUCUGCACGCAGCAGUCGCCCGCGGCGGCCGCCGCGGCGCUCGCGAAGCAGGCCGUGCUGGAGCCGCUGGGGCUGACCAAGGCGAAGUUGGUGGAUCGUGGCGCCUGCGAAUCUGGGGUUGCGCCGCGCGCCCCGCACCAGCUGCCCGGCGUCGCCACGCGCGUGACAUAUCACUUUUACGACGUGGUGCUCGAUGGCUUCGAGGACCGCGCCGCGGAGCGCGAGGCCGAGGCGUUGCUGGACGCGGCGUCGCGGGACCCGGCGGAGAAGUGGCGCUUCGUCGACCGCUGCUUCGGCGACGACGUCCCAACGCCGCCGACCGACUGCGCGGCCGCGUUGGAAAGUUUGAGGAGACGCCUCGCCCAGACGAAGCUGACUUCACAACAACUGUGCGUCUGCGCCGCGCUCUUCCCGGCGGCCGCGGUCGACGAGAUCUAUUAUCGCGACGAGGUCCUGGCGGGCCUGGCGCAUCUUGUCGUGGACUUCGAGCACCUGGAAAGUACGGCGAAGGCGGCGCCGUGCCACCUCAACGAGGAGGCCUGGCGGAGAAUAGUGAGGCGCCUGGGCGUGCUCAAUGUCAAGGACCCGCGCGCGCUUGGAGGCACCUACAAUCUAAACUUGCAGCAGCCCGACGAGCGGCGGUGCGCCGGCGUGCUGAUGGCGCUCGUCGAGGACUUGUCGGUGGAGCAGCCGCCCGCCCCGAAGAAGAAGGGGAAGAAGAAGGAGCCUGUCGUCGUCAUUCCGCCCAAGGAUCCGACGCCCGGGACCGCCUUCCUGCGCGAUCUCGUCUUCCGACCGACUGAGAAGGCGGACCCCGAGCCGGGCUGGGUCUUGCCCAAGGUCUGGCGCGCGACCAAAGGUGAGAACAUCGGCAUUCCGACGGUCGGGCGCCUGGCCUGCGCCUACGAGCCGGGCGACCGCGAGGUCGAGGACGCGGAAGAGAGAAGGAACGUCGUGGAGGAGCUGCGGCCCUGGUUCAAGGUCGGCUUGCCGAGGCCUGCGUAAAUGUUACAACAC